AUGGCGACCUGCGACCCGAUGUUGAAGUCGGAGUUUGAUACGGACCCGCAGUACUAUCUGAAGUUUCUUACUUAUGCGAGCGUGGGCGGACUGCUCGUCAACAGCUUCGGCAUCUACAUCAUUUUGUUCCAUUCACCACCCCAUUUCAAGACGUACCGCUGGCAUUUAUUAAACUACCAGAUCUGCUCGACGUUCUGUGACGUCAUCCUCGGCCUGUGCACCGCGCCCGUCUUCUUCCUUCCCAGCGCUGUCGGCCGCCCGACCGGCCUUUUCGUCAAAAUGGGCGUCAGCUCUGGUCAUCAAAUGACGGUCGCCUCUACCUUUCUGCACCUAAUCCUCGCCGCCACGAUGCACAUGUUCUUCUACCGCUGGCAGAUGGUGGUGCCCAAUGGGAGCUUGUUGAAGUUUUCGCGGAAGGUCAAGGCAAUAAUCCUCAUCAUCACCUACAUCCUUUUUCUCACGCCUCAUUUCAUCCUCCUCCCGCCCACCUAUCAAGAUCAACCCUCAAAGCGCAUCGAACUCGUUGAGGACUUCCCAAACUACCGCGAUAUUGUCGACCUGCCGGACGUGAUCAUCUUCUACAGCAAGAACGAUAUGGCCCUCGCGGCCUAUAUGUUUAGCGAGACGCUGCUGGGCGGGUUCCUCGGCUGUGGAAUGACGUGGUUCUGGCUGCACACCGCCUUCAUCUUCCAUCAAAAGGGAAAAUAUUCCAACGAGUCCAAGCAGUUGCAAUACAGGAAAUACCUGCUGAACUUGAGCUCGCAGAUGACCAUUCCGAUCGUGACAAUCCUCUACCCUGGCUCGCUUCUAGGGCUAAUCAUCAUUUUUCGACUUCGGAACGUACAAGAAAUCGCACAUAUUGCAUUUGUGCUUGUAAGCGCGCAUGGAGCUGUCGGCACCUUCUCAAUCAUCGGCCUCAACGAGCACUAUCGCAAUUAUCUGCUCGCCCGCUUCUGGAGUAAGUGCAACACCAUAAGUAGUCAGAAAUGUAUUCGCAAAGUGAAAUCCGGGGGA